AGAUAUGUUAAUAAUUUUGAUAGCAGUGCUCUUCGCUCCAGUGCUUGCACGAAUUUCUCAUCACUGCAAUGAAGUCAGGGUAGAAACGGAAGUGGAAGCAGAGCGGCGAAGAAUCUACGAACAUUGUACGGAGGUGUGUGAUGAACAACAAGCGUAUGGAAUCUUCUGUGCUGAUUGUCACAUUCCCUAUGAAGGAUAUGGUUGCCUUCGAAGAAGAAGAGAGGUAGAACUGAACUGCAUUAUGGACUGCGAUGUUAUGCUGCCCGAUCGAACCGCUCAACUACGUUGUCUCGAAUCAUGCGGUCUACCGAUAUCACCAAAAUUUUCGUUAUGAUCUCACUCACCUUAAGGGAAGGCACCUAACUUAGUCUUUUCUUUUAUAAAAAGACAUAUAAAAAUUAGGAAUCAGCUUGUAACGCUGAGUCCAUUGACUGUACUUGC